CCGAGGGACGCAGCGAGCGCAGAGCCGCCUCCGGCCGCCGGGCGCCCCCCUGCCGCCCCAUGCUGUGCUCCAUGGCGAACUCGGGCUGCCUCCUGCUGUCCAACUCCGGCAGCCUGCUCCCGCACUCCGUGCCCUGCCCGCCCGCCUUCCUCUACCUCCAACAGAGUGAUCAGGACGCCACGGCUCCGCCUGAAGCGAUGGCCCAGCCCUACCCCCCCGCCCAGUACCCCCCUCCGCCACAGAACGGCAUCCCUGCCGAGUACGCCCCACCCCCACCGCACCCCACGCAGGACUACUCCGGCCAGACCCCGGUCCCCCCAGAGCAUGGCAUGACCCUGUACACACCAGCACAGACCCACCCCGAGCAGCCAGGCUCCGAGGCCAGCACACAGCCCAUCGCCGGGACCCAGACAGUGCCGCAGACAGACGAGGCGGCACAGACGGACAGCCAGCCGCUCCACCCCUCCGACCCUACAGAGAAGCAGCAGCCCAAGCGGCUACACGUCUCCAACAUCCCCUUCCGGUUCAGGGACCCUGACUUACGGCAAAUGUUCGGGCAAUUCGGAAAAAUUUUAGACGUGGAGAUCAUUUUUAACGAGCGGGGCUCCAAGGGUUUUGGGUUUGUAACUUUUGAAACUAGCUCAGAUGCUGACCGAGCCCGGGAGAAGCUGAAUGGGACGAUCGUAGAGGGACGGAAAAUUGAGGUCAAUAAUGCCACAGCCCGAGUCAUGACCAACAAGAAGACGGGGAACCCCUACACCAACGGCUGGAAGCUAAAUCCAGUGGUCGGCGCAGUCUACGGGCCUGAAUUCUAUGCAGUGACGGGGUUCCCCUACCCCACCACCGGCACAGCCGUUGCCUACCGGGGCGCACAUCUUCGGGGCCGGGGCCGGGCCGUGUAUAAUACGUUUCGGGCUGCACCACCCCCACCCCCCAUCCCGACUUACGGAGCGGUCGUGUAUCAGGAUGGAUUUUAUGGUGCUGAGAUUUAUGGAGGCUACGCAGCCUACAGAUACGCUCAGCCCGCUGCAGCGGCGGCAGCCUACAGCGACAGUUACGGCAGAGUCUACGCAGCUGCCGACCCGUACCAUCACACCAUCGGGCCCGCGGCGACCUACAGCAUUGGAACCAUGUGAAACCUUCCACCGUUUCCUUCUCGGACCAUGAAGGGCAAAAACAAAAAAACAAAAAAAAUCACAAAACAAAAAAAACAAAAAAAGAUGUUAAGAUCCAAGCAACAACAAAAAAAAAACCAACCAAACCAAGAGGCAUCCAACCAAGUCCAAGUCCCACGUCCUGGCCACACGCCCGCACCGAGGGAGCACGCCGGCAGGGGCGCCAAGGAGUGGCCCCAGGACAGGACGGCCCCACCGCGUCCUGGCUGGCAGCGCAGUGGGAACAUGCCCCUCCGUCUCAGGCAGUGGGGGAGUUGGAGGGGAAGGGGCUUCCCUUGCGGGACCCGUGGGGGGCCCUGUUUUCCACCCAGUCUUCCUUUCCCAGCCCCCAACAACUCCCAAGGCAGUGUGGAGCCCAGCGGCGGCGGAGCAGGCCCAGGCCUGAGCACGGAGGCGCUGCUAGCAAGACUUGAUCUUUGUGGCCAGCUGUGCCGGGGGGCCGGCGGGGCUGGGGGCGUGCGGGCAGCUUUCAUCCCAGGGGCUCCACUGGGCCCGUCACCCUCGUGUCACGUCCCCUGCGUCCCACCUCCCUCAUGCCCGGCAGUCCCGCCCGUACCCCAGCCUGGUGAGGAAGCUGUCCAACAGUAGCUCCCGGGGACCAGCUCCCAACAGAAAGGGCUGACGUGGCUUCAGGACUCAGGGGCGCUCCAUGGGAGGAGGAAGCAAGCCCAGCCAGCCAGGAGCCACUCCUCACGCCUCCAAGUGUGGCCAGGUGGGCCCUGAGGCCAAAGACUUGCUCUUCCUGGCCAUCUCUCCCUUUCUGGAGGAGGCCUGGGGCCUGUGUACACCAAGGCUGACCUCGUGCUGCCUGCUAGGACCAGCCCUCCCUGCCGCUCCCCUGUGAGCCCAGUCCACCGUGGGCGCCCAGGGCCAGGGAUGGGCCACCCAGCUGCACCGCGAGAUUGGGAGUCACAGUGACUGUGGGCCUGGAUGGGCACAGCCAGAGCAGGGGCCCAUGGGAAGGGCAAGGGAUGGAGAAGCCUGGGCCGGCCCCUUCCCUGCUCCCAAGGCAAGUGUCCAGGUGGUGGGAGCAGCGCCAAGGACAGCUGAGCUUACCCGGUGGGAGGAGCAGGAGCAGAGCAGGUGGCAGGGAGCAGCCCCUGGCGAGGCAAGGAGCACUGGAGUAGGGAAGCAGCAAAAAAUACAGGCUCCCAACGUGGCUCCACUGUCUCAUGAAAUGUCAAAAAUUUAAAAAUACACCUCACUUUCUAUUCAGCAUCAGCUACUGAAGCUAUCGAAAUGGAAUUCUCCUUUUCUAUUCCCGUUGUACAUAGCCCCACGCCCUGCCUCCGGCUUUGUCCUCUGUACAGAGCCCCCUGUCCCCUCUGCUGUUCCGGACCCUUUUCUUGCAGCAGCUCAACCCCCCGACUCAGAUCCCCAGGACUGCAGCCGAGCCCCGGGCUUCCUUUCUUACCAUUCUGUAUGCUUCCAAGGUGUGACCAUUCAAACUAACAGUAUUAUUAAGAUUAUUAAUAAAGAUUUCUUUCUUCAAA